AUGCGCGCUUCUGAGGCAUGGCGGACGACCGCUCAGGCAGCCUUUGAGGACGACCUGAUGUACUUGAAGGUGGCGCUGAAGCAGACGGGCGUUGACUCUCUCUUCUAUGGCGUACAAUUGGCUCUCACCAUAGCCGCGCUGUCAUCGCUUGCUAUCUCAUCAGCGACAUUGUUGUUGUAUGGCGAGCGUGGAUCCUUUGGCCAAACCACCGGUUGGUCAGAAGCGUAUUGCUGUUCAUUUGACGAGAUGGGAAAAACAGCGGGCAUCAUCGCUGAAUGCAUGUGGUCGGUGAUGACCCAGCUCUCCCAGAAAUCUGUCUUGUAUACCCUCCUCUUGGCUUUGCCGCUGCUAUCCACUAAUCUGGUCGCAACAACGUUGGUAGGGCUACGAAUUUGGUUGCGUAUAACGAUCAAAAUAGAAGAGCCAAAGCCGUUGUCCGCAUACAACGUCGUCAACGCCAUCUGGCUCAGCCUCGCCGGUAUCUAUCCAACAUUCGUCGUCCUAGCCGUUGCGGUAAAGGAGGACGGAUCCUCUGUAUUCAGGAUGGACCAAAGCGAAGCACCAUCAGCGCACGACGCACCGAAAGCACCCAUUCGGAUCUGGCGACAAGCUUCCGCCCAUUCACUGUUUAAGACGAAGACUCCCGCCAGUGUGAUAGCCGCAUUGGCCUUAUAUCAUGGCUUAGAGCGCGAGUUCGCCAUCUCAGCCCUGAUGUUCGCUGCACCGACUCCAGACCUCCCUCUGAAUGCGCAUGAUGUCGCCACUCUCAAGAUUACGCUGAUGCGUACUGGUGUUGACCUUCUCUUCUACGGUGUACAAGCGCCUUUAUUCGUCGUUGCAAUGGUAGUGCUGGCUUAUCGCGAGAAGAGGAGACCGUUCAUCCCAUUCGCUGUGACCAGCCUGUUCCUCUCCUCGACCAUCGGAGUCGCUGUCGGAUUAUCAUUCUACAUCCUCCAAUUACCUGCCGCGUUCCACACCAGAACGUUGGAUAAUGCAGGUGUACUAAGAGCGUUGAACGUCACGCUAGCGAUAGCGGACAGAUACAAUUAUGUUAUGAGCGACGCGAUCGUGGUAUGGCGUGCGCUCGUACUAUGGAAGGACUGCGUCGCAGUGAAGUGGGUACUGGGGACGUGCAUCUGCAGUAGUAUCCUUGGCGCCAUUACCGAGUGUGUCUUUGCCCUACAGGCGGCCUUUCGAGGCCAGGUCGAGUCGACGGGGCAUGGUCUCGUCUUGGUCAUCCCUCUGCUUCUCACCAACCUUGUGGCCACGUCGCUCAUAGCCGUCCAGUUUUGGUACUAUCGUCGCGACGUCAAGGGCCGCCUCGGUAUCUUCGAGCGUGCCAGCCUUGUCGAAAAGGUCAUUGUCCUUUUUGUGGAGUCGGGGCUCGUGAUUUGCUCUAUAUGGGCCGUAAACCUCAUCAUCAAGGUCAUUAAGAGCGCAAACACCUUCGGGGCAUAUGGCAUCCUUGGCGCAGCAUAUCACAGCAUCUCGGGAAUAUACCCAACGUUCAUUGUCCUCGUUAUAGCGCUGCAAAAACGUGCUGCGACGCGGGCUUCAUGCGAAGCAGCUCAAUCACUCGACCCGAGCUGGUCGCAGAAAGUCAACGCCAAGUUUACUGAUGCAGAGCUUGUCAAAGACAACGACGAGAUCGAGGCCGUCCCCCGAUAA